GCAGACAGAUGAAAGAGAGAGACAGAAUCUGAAAGUACGGCGAUAUUGAAAGAUCACAUUGGCAGGAGUUUUCAAUGGCGUGAGUGGCCGCGCAAGGAAGCCGACCUGAGCGGACGCUUCUCCUGCGGCCUUUUUCUGCUGCCUGGGCCCCGCUUCCUCCUUCGCCCGCUUCCACCAUGGCGCUCAGCGAUGCCGACGUCCAGAAGCAGAUCAAGCAUAUGAUGGCUUUCAUUGAACAGGAAGCCAAUGAAAAGGCAGAAGAAAUAGAUGCGAAGGCUGAAGAAGAAUUCAACAUUGAGAAAGGUCGCCUUGUUCAGACACAGAGGCUGAAGAUCAUGGAAUACUAUGAAAAGAAAGAGAAGCAAAUCGAGCAACAGAAAAAAAUUCAGAUGUCCAACCUGAUGAAUCAGGCAAGACUGAAGGUUCUCAAAGCAAGGGAUGAUCUGAUUGCAGAUUUACUAAACGAAGCCAAGCAGAGACUGGCUAAGGUAGUAAAGGAUACUGGCAGGUACCAAACACUGCUGGAUGGUUUGGUUCUACAGGGAUUUUAUCAGUUACUUGAGCCUAAAAUGACAAUCCGUUGUCGAAAACAAGAUCUUUCCUUGGUUAAGAAUGCUGUCCAGAAGAGCGUCCCAAUCUACAAAGCAACUACUAAAAAGGAUGUUGACGUUCAUAUUGACCAGGUCACAUUUCUGCCAGAGGACAUAGCUGGAGGUGUUGAAAUCAGUAACAGUGAUAAUAAAAUUAAGGUCUCCAAUACUCUGGAAAGCCGUCUGGACCUGAUUGCCCAGCAGAUGAUGCCAGAGAUCCGAACAGCACUUUUUGGUGCCAACAGUAACCGGAAAUUCAUGGACUAAAUUCCUUGAAGUCAUGGUGGAAUCUGUUUCCACUGCCAUAGUGAAGGGGGGUGCUGCAGCUGCUCUAAUGAAACAAAACCCUCCCUCUCUAAAAUGUACUCAGUACUAUAUUGUGUUGUCCUGUGUAUGUUCUUCAGUUAAUUUAUUAUUGUUUUGCAUACCUGCUGUGCUUAGCUUGACUGGAAGAGAAGCUGGCACUACUCCUCUGUCCAGAGAGCAAUGGUAUGUGAUGCAAAAAUUGAGGCAUUCAGGUUCUUUAAAACAGACCAGGGAUCAGUGGUCAGUCUGAACUUCAGCCGCUCCCCUCAAAGCAUGUCACCAAUCUGUGCUGCUUGUCCAUUAUUUCUUUCCUUCUAGAAACAUGCAUUUCUUUGGAGGGUCACUAUAAUCCUCACGUCGCAAUGGGUAAACUUUUGUCAGCCCCAGAUUUUUAUGCUGUAUAUGUGUUUAAGAUAUUUGCACACAUGUGUACACACCCUUGUCUUGUACUCACUGAAAAAAAAUAAAAGGUGUGUACCUAGA